AUCAUAACAUUCGCAGAGAAGAAACGAGUUAUUCCACUCACUUUGUUAUUGUUUACAAGUCGGCGAUAAAGCUUAGCGCCCAUCUGCGACUUCGGAAGAAUAAAGCAUGAGAAUUAUGUACGAGAUUCUCGUCAAAUUGGAAAAAGUUUUUUAGUCGAACCUGUCCAAGUUCGCCAAAUAUUCGCCCUAAUGCAACUUAAAUUCAAAUUGCAUUCUCUUUAUUGAAAUGGAAGAGAUUAUAGUUACACAUCGAGUGUCUAAUACUUGAGACAAAGUGGGUUAAAUAAUCAGGUUCAGUUUUUAAAAUUGCUGCUUUAGUAGCGACCAACCAUAUAUAUAUAUAUUUUUAAAUGGAAGAAAAUAACCUUGUGCCUGAUGAUUGGAGCAUUAAUUGUAGUGAUGAUGAACUGUCAACAGCUGCAAAAGAUUCUAAUGAUAUGUGGGAACCUUCUCCCGAAGAAAUAAUCUCAAUGUAUGAAAUAUUAGAAAGCAAGGGUGUUCUAGAAUUUGAGUGGCAGUGUCCUGGACGACGCUCACCUAGUGUUAAUUCUAUGAAAUCUGAUUUAAUGGAUAAAGGACCUGCUUCAAAUGAAGACAGUAAAUUAACGGCUGAGCCUAAUGAAUUUGAUUUUAAUGAUGAAUUUUCCACUGAGCAGUUUUCUCCUAAAAUAUCUGCCAGAAACCGAGCAAAACAAGCAACCAGUGCACAGAGAAGAGUUGCAAGGUUGGACAAAGUGAUGUUUGACAUUCAGAGGCAUCGCAAAUUGGAUGAAUUGGAACUGCAAAAAAGCUCUCCCCAGUCAUCAAAUAGUCCCGGAUCAAAAGCUUCCAGCAAUGAUAAUAAAACUUGAUUUUAUUUAAUGUUUGAUUUUCAUCAAUCAUGAGUUCAGUUACCUGAUUUUUCACAAUUCAUAUAGAGUCAAUGUAGUUAAAUAAAAUAUCUAUGUUUUCUAAAUUGAGAA